UAAUAUUUAGAUUCAUUAUAGUCGAGUUUUUAGGGAUGGAUUAGCAAUAAAACAAGCCUUGUAUGCUUGCUUAGAGAGAUUGGUUGCUAGUUGUGAGGAAAAAUCUAAAAUUGAUCUACAACUUGAAGAGUUUAAGAAUGAAAGAGGCAUUUUGGUAUUCUAAUUGUAGUGAUAGGUAAGGAUGAAAAGGCACCUGAUGAGUGGUGCGAUUUUUUUUUUAAGAUGAAACCCCUGAGUUGAAAAAAUUUGCCAUUUGUAUUCUUAGCUUGACAUGUAGCUCUUUGGGAUGUUAGCCUAAUUGGAGUGCUUUUGAAAUGGUGCAUACAAAAAGGAGAAACCGUUUGCACCAAAAGACAAUAAAUGAUUUGGUUUCUGUUAUGUAUAACUUAAAAUUAAGAGAAAAGAAGGCACAAAGGAAUUAGAAUAUGGAAUUUGAAGAUCUUCCGUCUGAUGAUAAAUGAUUAGUUGAAAAUGAUGCUAAGCAAUCUAUUGAAGAUGAAACGGAAAAAGUUUAUAGUGGCGGCCAACUAUAGAAAGAGAUUAAGAAUAAUAGCAAUGAAAAUUCAACUGAUUCAGGGUUUUUUUGAUCAUUUGUUAUAGUUAUCGAAUUGAGUUUAUGCUUAUUUUCUUAAAACUUGAUAAUCAUAUGUUAAAUUGAGUCUGACCAUUUCAACCUUCCAUUUUUCUUAUCAUAUCAUAUAUAUAACGUAGAAGUAAGAUGCAAAUAUGGAUCGUUUGUUCUACAUCUAAAUAAUAUGCAUCAAUAAUGUUAUGUAUAAGUUACUUAUCAUAUUACCAUUAUCAAUUUUGGUUAUUUUUAACAAGCAGGGAUGUUACAAGGUAUGAAGUUCCAAGCUGCCGAGAUUUUGAAAAGAAUGCAGAUAAUCAUAAUAAUAUUAUUAACUAAUUUUGAUUUAGUAUAUUACAUUUUGUAUAAGCUACCAAGUUCGGACAAUGGAUAUGGUCAUGGUCUUGGACUCUUGGUCUCCUUUUGUUUAUUAGAUUGUUGUGAUGACUCGAUGGUUAUGAGUUUGAAAAAAUGUCCUCAGAAGGAGCAGAAAGUGUAGUUGGGAGUGAGGUGAUGCCUUUGGACUAUGGGAGCAUGGACGCAGAGAGUAGUCCAUCUCCAACUAGUUCGGAGAAAACGGUAGAGGGGGUGAGAGGAGAUGAGGGGGUGGAGGUUGGGGAGAGAGAGGUGGUAGAGGUGGGGAGGGAUGAGGUGGUAGGGGUUAGGGUAGAUAGCAUACCUAUCACUGUAGUAGAAGUAGAGGGUAGAGGAGAGAGGAAUUACGAUGUGAAUGCAGAAAUAGUGGAGGAGGUGAAGCAGUACAGAUCUGGGCUAAGGACCAGGGAUAGCCUGGGUCACUUAGUAGAAAAUUACGAAAUCUCGUCUCGAGUGUUAGUUAGGCCAGCUGGGGUAGAGGAGAGGGCGUGCUCUGCUCCUCGAGAUCACUGGAUGCCUGUGUAUUCCCACUAUUUGAUAGCGGGACUCAGGUUUCCACUUCUUGAGUUGCUAAUAGGUUUACUAUUAGAUUACAACAUGGGGUUGACACAGUUGGUUCCCAACGCAAUGAGGGCAAUAAUAGGUUUUUUAGUUUAUUGCCGAGCUCAGGGGAUUAGUGUGCCAACUGUAAAUAUGUUUAAGUACUUUUUUGUUUUAAAGGGGGGAAGUAGGAGGGAUAAGGGGUGGUAUUAUUUCACCCCCAGGGUAGCUAAGAAGGAAAGUAGGAUUUUAUUCACUGCAGGUCCUUCAUCCAUUAAGGGAUGGAAGGAAAAAUUCUUUUUUGUGGAUGAUACGGAGUGGGGGAAGGGGGAUACCGAGGUGAGGGAGUUAGCCUCCUGGAAGGCCAAAAGGGCCAACCAGAAUAGGUUUAGCUUAAAUGAAGAUGAGGAGGAAGAAGUGAGGAAAUUGGUGAGGAAGGGGGGAGAUGUGUUGAAUAUCAUGGACCUCACCAGCGCAGCAUGCAUAGAAGCUACUGAGCUCUAUGGGCCAAGCGCUCUGAGUGAAGCUGAAAUGGACCAGUUUUUAAAUAUUGCUGGAGGAGUGCCCAUCCCCAAGAAGCCAAUGAAGAAGUCAAAGACUUCGACCAAGCAAGUGGAUGAGGGGAGGGCUAGGAAGGAGAUGGUGCCUUUGGCUUCAGCUGAGACGGAGGAGGAGGUGCCGCCGCUGAAGAGGAAGGGUUGGGAAGAGAGGAGGGCAUUACAGUUAGAGGAGGGGGCUGAGGUACGAGCUCCUGGUAAAGGGAAUGGGCCUAUUCCCCCACUGGGGCCUCAGAGCAGCAUGUUCGAGGCGAAGAACAUAACGGGGGACAGGUGGUUCAUCAACAACACCUUCCCCGAGGUGGACCAAAGCAACGCGCGACAAGAAGCUCUGAGGUAUGGUGGAGCGUCUGUUGUGAAGCACGUUCUAGAGCGCGAGCUGGGUGAAUGGUCUAGUCCAGGAAUUCAGGGAAAGCCUGAAGGAUCGCGCACUCUUGCAGAGGCAGCGAGACCAACUUUGGAGCUGGAGAGGUCUUCCCUGAGCACCACGCUCGGCUUUGAAGAGAGCAAACGAAAGAUCUCUGAAAGCGAGCGUGAGGCUCAGGCGCAAGAACUAAAGCUGACGAAGGAGGCUUUCUUGGAGCUGAAGGGGAAUGUGCAGACCUUGGUGCACAAUGGGAUGAAGGAGCACAUCAGCAACUUCAUCAGCUCCAGCUCGUUUGACAACAUCGUCAACUUAUACUGGCUGCCGACUGUCAUCAUUGCAUUCACGGAUUGCAGGAAGAAGGUGAAGGCAGAAUAUCCCGAAGUGGAUAUUACGAAGAUCACCUUCGUAGAGCAAGAAGAAGGGGUGGAGGAAGAUGGUGAAAGCAUGCCAGCAGACUUCCGUCCUCAGAUCAAACUGAGGUGGGAGGAUGAUGCAAACGAGCGUGCUGUUUUCCCUCCACAGUUCGACUUCGAGUUCGUGGCAGUGGAGGAAGAAGGGGCAGAGGUAGAGGAAGAUGAGAUGGAGGCAGGAGUGGAGGGAGCUGAAGUGGAUGAGAGCCAACCAGUUCCAGAAGUAGAGAUUCAUCCAGUUCCUUCUGACGAUGAGCAGCCUCCUCUGCCAGAUGAGGAGCAGCCAACACAGCCACCUCCUCCAACUGAGUAGGAGCCAAUGCAGUCACCUCUCUAGCAGAGAACUUUUGUUUUUUAAGUUUUGUAAAACAUUGAAACAAUUUGUAAUUCUUCCUUGAAUGAAAAUUCAUUUUUAAA